GACAAAUGCACUUUGUGUCACACGUUUUUGAAUAAUGUAGGUAAACAAACGCUGUGUGUUCGCAGGUGUGUGCGAACGUCGCGACGCGUCCUUACACCUUACACACGCAGGGGAACCUUGAAUGCAUCUCCCCGACAUUGGACGUGUCGCGUAGAGAAAAUACAAAACACACUAAAUAAAAAUGGUCAAGGAUGGCCCCCUCCGCGGCACCCUUAACAUUGAAACAAUGGCUGAUUGCGGCGCGCAUUGUGUGCAAUAUCGCCGUGGCGCGAUGUGCGGCCCGCCGCCGCGCACGUAUAUAAGCACGGAGGGCCGAAACGGUGGUUCGUCUUAUUUCGUCGGAUGUCAACCGCGCGCAAUUGGUGCAACAACAGCAAAACGAAAGUAAAAACCGAAGAUGAAGUGCAUUCGCGUGCUGUUUGUGUGUCUGCUCAUUGUGGUCGGAGGGCUGAGUGCGCCUGGUAGUCGGAAUGAUGCAAUCGUGCAACGUAACGCGUGUAAUUGCGUUUGUGGAGUAAGCAACAGGCAAAUGCGAGUCGUCGGCGGUAACAUUACCAAAGUGCAUGAAUUCCCAUGGAUUGCUGGUUUAUCUAAAAGUGGAGAAUUCUACUGUGGAGCUAGUUUAAUCACAAGGAAACAUGUCUUAACAGCAGCACACUGUGUCAACGGUUUCGACGUGCGCAGUAUAACCGUGGUGCUAGCGGAUCAUGACCGCAACUCUGCAAAUCGUCUCGGCGAGACCAUCGUGCGAGGCGUGCGGAGGGCGCGUCAACAUCGCGCGUUCGACAAAGUCAGCUACAAUAAUGACAUCGCCGUCCUGGAGCUGGACGCGCCGGUGGAGUUCGGACCUAAGGUGCAGGCGGCCUGCCUGCCAACGGGCGGCGACGACGCUUACGCUGGACGUCUUGCUGUUGUUGCCGGUUGGGGGAAAACUGACGAGCGUGGUAAGGUAUCGCACAUCCUUCGCAAGGUUGCAGUGCCCGUAUGGAACAAGAAAGAUUGUUAUGAUGCUGGUUAUGGAUCCAAACGUCUAUCAGAGAAUAUGUUUUGUGCUGGAUAUCCGGAUGGUGGUAGAGAUGCUUGUCAGGGUGAUAGUGGUGGACCACUGCAUAUGAACACAAACAAUGGAAAUAUGGAACUCAUUGGGCUUGUAUCCUGGGGACGAGGAUGUGGAAGACCUAAUUUACCAGGGAUCUACACAAAAAUUACCAAUUAUAUUGAUUGGGUCACUGAAUCCCUGAAUGGGGAAUGUCUGUGUCCUCCGGCGGUAUAUAACCCCAAACAUGCAUUUGACACAUCGUUCAAGAACAACGUGAUAUAUGAACGCAGCCAAAGAGAGAGCACAAACGGAACUGGAAGAUUCCUCUUUAAUCAGUUGUUUGGAAUCGCUAAUCUCAUAGCAGGUGGAGGAAGCAAUGAUGAUGAAGAGGAUGAAGAUCCAAAAACGAAAAAUUGUACCUGUGAAUGUGGUCUCUCCAAUCAAGAGAAUCGUAUUGUUGGUGGACGUCCAACUGGAGUAAACCGUUAUCCAUGGAUUGCACGCUUAGUCUACGAUGGACAUUUCCAUUGUGGGGCUUCCUUACUAACCGAAGAUUAUGUAUUAACAGCUGCGCACUGCGUGAGAAGAUUAAAACGGUCCAAAAUUCGUGUGGUUCUUGGUGAUCACGAUCAAACUACUACGGAGGAUGCUCCGGCAAAGAUGCGGGCUGUGGCGGCGAUCAUACGCCAUCGAAACUUUGAUGCAGAUUCUUACAAUCAUGAUAUUGCUUUGUUAAAGUUGCGAAAACCUGUUGAAUUUACCAAAAAUAUAAGACCUAUUUGUUUACCAUCAAGUUCAGGUAGUUUUGACCCUGCUGGUAAAAUGGGCACAGUUGUUGGCUGGGGUCGCACCGCAGAAGGCGGUAUGCUUCCUGGUAUUGUCCAAGAAGUUCAAGUGCCCAUUCUGAGUCUUAACGAAUGUCGCGCAAUGAAAUACAGAGCAUCUCGUAUUACUUCUUAUAUGCUGUGUGCUGGUCGAGGGUCAAUGGAUUCUUGCCAAGGUGAUAGUGGUGGACCACUAUUGGUACCCAACGGAGAAAAAUAUGAAAUAGUUGGAAUUGUUUCUUGGGGUGUAGGCUGCGGACGUCCUGGUUAUCCCGGCGUGUACACAAGAGUUUCCAAGUACCUCAACUGGUUGCGUUAUAACUUGGAGGAUACUUGCGUGUGCGCAUGACACGCUUCCGAGGACAACUCUGUAGCUAUUUAUUUUUACGAGAAUAAAACGAAAACACGACCCAAAAACCUUAAUUGUCUUACCGGGCGCGUCGGCGCAGAGGAGUCCGCAUUCGACAUUAAUACGUUUUCGAUUUUUCGAUUUAUGUUUCGGGCAAAACAUGGCCGCGACGCACCGCACGUUGAGAAUGGUCAUGACAUGAGUGUGUGCGUGUCGGCAUGCGCCCACCAACCGAAAAACAACGAGAAACCGGCUUAGAUGCUAAUUAAUGCGUCGGACUCGUGCGAACAAAGACCGCACAGAAUCAAACUUAUCACCAAACGACCAAAAACACACAAAAAUAUCAUCGAAUGCUGCAUUCAUCUUAAAUCACAGUUACAUAUUCAUUCAAAUUCGUGUAUAUUUGUAAGUAUAGCAACUAGAAUAAGUUUUAGAUCCGAAUUAUUCUGUACCUAUUUCCAAAACUUGUGUAUAUAAAGAUUGAGAUAACAUUAAAUACUGUCCUGAUGUGAAAAAGGCAAUAAACCGCAUUUUAAUCGAAAGUCA